AUGAAGAGCAAGAACCAAACGAAGAAGACAAAAGGCAACGCAAACCAGACCCCCGUCUCCUUUGUCCCCAACACUUAUCUGUUAUCAGAUUUGCCAACGGAUGCCAAACUUUCUGAAGUUCUAGCCUUCUUGCCUGCGUGGCUGAGACUCUUUGAGGUAAAGGCCAGCCAUUUGCAACGUUUCAAGGCGGGUUCCACCGCACGCCUGGAGAUUGUGGACUCCGCACCCUUUACCAACCAACACUAUAGGACGCUGUCUGCCUUUUUUGCCGAUGCCCGAUUUCGGGAUACCCAUCAGAUCCAAAUCCGACCUUUGGAAGCACCCCGGACCAACAAGGCACGAAAGAAUGUUGCUACUCGUGAGAUUGCCAAACAGUUUUGGGAUUAUUUGGUGGAAGGAAACAAUAUCAUGAUUUGCAACCGAGACGACGUGGGAGACUACUAUAGCAACUUUCGCGAAACGAUUGGAAACAUGAAACGAGCACGAAUAGGGGAUAUUAUCCGGCAUUUGAAGACUAUGCGAGCCAUGAAGACAGUCCGAGUCAAUCAUCAUGUAGUUCUGGCCAUCUUUGCGGAUCCAGAUAGUCUUGACUUUCCAGGUCAAGAGUUCAUUGACAAGGCUUCAGAAGUUGGCAAGGCCAAAUUGGAGGAAGACAAGUCGAAUAAAAAUGGAGUUACGAUUUCCGAGCUUCCUGCUCGGAUCAUGGGAGCAAUUGGAGAGACGGAAACCAUUGAACUGGAAGCAAUCACAGAGACACCGAUAUUGUUGCGUUCAGUGGAUAUUUCUGGUCCGAAUGGGAAACUCUUUCAAGUGGCCAAUGACGUGCCCAUGGCAGUUGGACCUUUGCUCACUCUUCUAAAGUUGACAGUGAAACCCAGCAAGCUUGGAGUGAUUCGAGCCAAGGUUACCUUGAAGUUUGAAAAUGAUGAUGCCUCCACAUUUGUCAUUGUGCGGAUGAUUACCAUGUCCUGUGGAGACAAGGCGAUGAACGAAGUCCUAAAACCCACCUCCAAAUAUGAAAAGAAAAAACGAAGUCAUCUUCGCUUUGACAAGAAGGAUACAGUGGGGCCUCCGAAAGAACCCAAGCUCAUAACUGGUCUACCGGGAAGUGGUCGAAACGACGGACCAAAUCCAUUUGCCAAACUACCGUAUUACCAGGUGCCAACCGAAGUCAUGGAGUCUAUCCGAGCCGAUCAGUACAGCAAGGAUACCAUGGAUACCAUUGGCUGGAAUACUUCACCAUUGCAUGAUUCGGUUCAAAACUAUGGAAAGUAUUGGAAACAUUUGUUGUAUGCUUCAGAAUUCCAAAUGCAACGAGACAUUCGAUUCUACGAUAUGGAAAAUGCUCCACUGUCCAAAGAAGGUCGAUACUACGUGCUCAAGGUUCCUGGACUGGCCGAGGGACGCCCCAGUGUUCUUCGUGGAGAUUUGGUGCAAAUUGACUUUCAAGGUACGCUCUACAAGGGAAGAGUCAUGUUCAUUCGACAGUUGGAAGUGGUUAUGGAUCUUCAUGCAAGAUUUGGCAAAACUUUUAAUGCUGGAUUGGAUCGGGUGACGGUGCACUUUACCUUUUCGCGCAUGUCGCUUCGCACGUCGCACAAGGCAAUGGACACCAUUGCGGAAAAAGAACUGGGAGCCUCCAUUUUGGUUCCCACCCAGGAACAUGUAGCUCAAUAUCAAAAUGAGAAUGGCGUUGGGCAAGUCCGUCUCGUGCCAAGGGCAAAUCGAUCGCUCAACCCCGAGCAAGAAGCAGCCGUCCAAAACAUUGCCAAUGGUCACCUUCGACCAAUGCCAUAUAUCAUCUUUGGUCCUCCUGGUACGGGAAAGACCACCACUGUGGUGGAAGCUAUCUACCAACUCGGCAAGAAGGGCAAGAAGAUUCUGUUGGUGGCUCCCAGCAACGAUGCUGCGGACAUUCUCGUCGAGAGACUUUCGUCUUACUUUCCACCCAGCGAACUCCGUCGUAUCUUGGCGUACAGUCGCAGCAUCACGGCUCUUCCAGCCAGCAUUCAAUCCUAUGCUACCGAUUCUCUAGAAUCGGAGGGUCAAGCUAGGGAGAUUAUGGGCGCCAAGAUUGUGGUCAGUACAGUGAACCUGGCAGCUCGGUUCUCGUACUGGGGCAUUCCUCGCGGACACUUUGAUGUAAUGUGUGUCGACGAAGCAGGCCACGCGACCGAACCAGAGGUAGUUUCGGCUGCGGCAGGUUUGAUGAACUUUCAAGGGACGAUGGAGGGCAAGGAAAUAGGACAACUCAUCUUGGCAGGUGAUCCCAAACAGCUUGGUCCUAUCAGCAACUCUGACAUUUGCCGCAAUUACGGAAUCACCAUGUCUUUGAUGGAAAGGCUGACAGAACGAGAGGUAUACGGUCUGCAAGAAGAUGGAAAAUACCCGAAGGAUCUGUUGACCAAACUUGUCAGGAACUAUCGAUCACACCCAUCGAUAUUGAAGCUACCAAAUGAAAUGUUUUACUCGGAUUUGCAGUGCUGCGGAGACCCAAUGGUAACAAGGAACAUGGCCCGCUGGGAGCACUUGCCAAAGUCUGAAUUCCCAGUCAUAUUCCAUGCCAUUGACGGUGAGAAUCUUCGAGAAGGUAGCUCGCCAUCUUGGUUCAAUCCUACCGAGGCGCAGCAAGUUGUGGAGUAUGUGCGACUGCUGUCACGCGAAACCAAGCCUCCUAUCAAGGCAGAUGAGAUUGGUAUCAUUACUCCGUAUGCGCGUCAAGCACAAAAGAUUCGUCUUGCACUUGGUACUCAGCACAUGGAUGAUGUCAAGGUUGGAUCCGUGGAGAGCUUUCAGGGCCAAGAGCGCCGAGUUAUUAUUCUGUCGACAGUUCGAGCAGAGCGUGAAGAAGUCAGCAAUGAUUUGCGAUACAACUUGGGAUUCGUUGCGAAUCCAAAGCGUUUCAAUGUGGCCGUCACUCGUGCAAAGGCUUUGUUGAUUGUGAUUGGAUGCCCUUCAGUUUUGGCACUGGACCAAGACAACUGGCUCCCUUUUAUGAAGUAUUGUCAUGAGAAUGGAUCUUGGGCUGGGGAAACUUGGGAUCCUUCCAUGGCUGAGGAGGGAAUGGAUGAUUUGGCAUCCACGGGAUCAGAAUCAUCUGAUGAAGAAGAAGACGCGGACGGCCCUAGUCGUGCUGCGGAGGAAGAGGGAUUUGUUUUGGUUCAUUCUGAAGAAUAA